GCCGCAAGCGACGCUUCGAGUUCCGGCUGCAGGGCACCUUCGACGCCGCGCCCGGCGAGGCCUGCGAGGCCUUCUUCUGCAGCCACGUGCCGCCCGAUGCCGUGUCAAUGGAUUUCUGGGGAAACGUCCUCGUCAAGCCGGUCAUAGCCUUCAUCAAUAAGCUGAACUCUGGCCAGGGUACAGGC